AUGUCGAUUGUCAGUCCGCUCGUGAGCUCUAUGUUCACACCCGGCAUCGUCGAGAUCGCUGAAGACCUCAACACAUCCCCGACUGCCGUCAUCGCUACAACUACUGGUUUCGUCAUCAUGCUGGGCAUCGGUCCUCUUCUCCUCGCACCGCUGUCCGAGACAUUCGGUCGUAGAAACCUUUACCUUAUCUGCUUCGCCAUCUUCGCUCUUCUGCAAAUACCUGCCGCUCUCGCGCCGAACAUUGCAUUCCUUAUUGCCAUACGCAGCGUCUCGGGCUUCUUCGGUAGUGUUGGCAUCGCGAAUGGUGGAGGCACAAUCAGCGACAUGUUCGUACCAAGUGAAAGAGCCGGAGUGUUUGGCUGGUAUUUGCUCGGGCCACUACUUGGCCCAACACUAGGCCCGCUUUUCGGUGGAUUCAUCGUGCAGCGUCUCGGUUGGCGGUGGAUAUUCUGGGUCAUGACAAUCGUAUGCUCGAUCAACACUUUAGCAGGCUAUUUCUUCCUCCGCGAAACCUACGCACCUGUCAUACUCGCACGCUUAAAACAAAAUUUCGAGAACAGUAAUCGCGCAGAUGACGCGACGAAUUACCAGUUUGAAGGCGAGGAUUUGCGCCCGCUGCGCCAGAAACUUGCGCACUCGCUCUCUCGUCCUCCGCGCAUCUUCAUGCAGCCUAUCGUUGCCGUCAUGAGCGUUUACCAGGCGCUUAUAUUCGGAACGACAUAUAGCAUCUACACCAAUAUGCAGGAUAUCUACUCCGGCACGUAUGGCUUCUCUACAGAGAAGGUCGGGCUGCUGUACCUCGGACCGGGGAGCGGAUUCCUGUUCGCUGUAUGGUUUCUCGUUCCACGGAUCGACGACGUGUACAAGAAACUUACGGCCAAGCACGACGAGAAAGCGCAGCCCGAGUUUCGCUUACCACUUGCAAACAUUGGGGCUGUCUUCAUCCCGGUGUCGCUAUUCUGGUUCGCGUGGUCAGUCGAAAAGAAAGUACAUUGGUUUGCGUCUAUCGUGCCGACGUUCUUCUAUGGCAUUGGCCAAGUGAUGAUACUAAACACUACGCAAAACUACUACAUCGACUCGUUCGAAUCGUAUGCUGCGUCCGCCAUUGCAGCGGGUGCGGUAUUCCGAUCGCUUGUUGGAGGUAUAGUGCCUCUCAUUGCACCAGGUUUGUUUGAAAAGCUAGGGUAUGGCUGGGGCAUUAGUGUGUUUGGAUUCGUGAGUCUAGCGCUGGCACCCGCGCCUGUAUUGUUCUACGUGUUCGGCGAGAGGAUCCGGGAAAGGUUUGUUCUAAAAAUGUAG